UGUCUGACCACCUUUCUGGGUCGUAGUACAAGCAGUUAAAGAAACCCCAACAAAAAUGGCUUCAACACGUAUACUCAAUCUCUCUCUUCACUUAAACCCUCUCGUAAAACUAAAACCGUCCAAAUCAAAAACCACAAAACUCUUCACUUCUUCUUCUACUUCUUCAACUCAAAGAUUCUCAGUUUCGGCUAUGGCUUCCACUCUUCGCAAGGUUUUGGUUCCAAUUGCAAAUGGUUCGGAACCAAUGGAAGCUGUGAUUAUGGUAGAUGUUCUUCGUAGAGCUGGAGCUGAUGUUACUGUUGCUUCUGUUGAAAAAGAUCUUCAAAUUGAUGCUUCUUGGGGAAUGAAACUUGUUGCUGAUGCACUCAUUUCUGAAUGUUCUGAUAAUACCUAUGAUCUUAUUUCUCUUCCGGGGGGAAUGCCAGGUUCUUCUACUCUUGGAGACUGUGAGGUGUUAAAAACCUUGGUGAAAAAACAAGCAGAUGAUGGGCGGGUUUACGCUGCAAUUUGUGCAGCUCCUGCUGUCACUCUUGGACCUUGGGGUUUGUUGAAGGGAUUGAAAGCGACUUGCCAUCCUUCAGUUGUUGACAAACUACCCUCUGAUGCAACAAUGGUUGAAUCAAGAGUACAGGAGGAUGGACAAGCUGUUACUAGUCGGGGUCCUGGUACGACUAUAGAAUUCUCCUUGGCCCUAGUUGAGAAACUGUAUGGAAAAGAUAAGGUUGAAGAGGUUGCAGGACCUAUGGUAAUGCGUUCAAAUCAUGGGGAUGAAUAUACAGUGACUGAGAUAAAUCCUGUAAAGUGGACAUUCAAUGGCACUCCACAGAUUCUUGUGCCAAUUGCCAAUGGCACAGAAGAGAUGGAAGCCACAAUGAUCAUUGAUAUUCUGAAGCGAGCAAAGGCAAAUGUGAUUGUGGCAUCAGUUGAAGAUAAAUAUGAAAUUCUAGCUUCUCGGAAAGUGAAGAUUGUAGCUGAUAUGCUUCUCGAUGAGGCUGCAAUACUCUCUUACGAUCUAAUUGUGUUGCCGGGUGGUCUUCCUGGUGCGGAAACUUUUUCGAAGUCAGAGAAGCUGGUUAAUAUGCUCAAGAACCAGAUGGAAUCAGAUAGACCUUAUGGAGCAAUUUGUGCAACUCCAGCUUUAGUUUUGGAGCCCCAUGGUUUACUCAAGGGUAAGAAAGCCACAGCUUAUCCAGCAUUGUGUGAAAAGCUCUCGGAUAAGAGUGAGGCGGAGAACCGAGUUGUAAUUGAUGGAAAACUUAUCACCAGUAGAGGCCCAGGAACUUCCAUGGAAUUUUCACUUGCAAUUGUGGAGAAAUUCUUUGGGCGCGAGAAAGCAUUAGAGCUUGCCAAGGGUAUGGUUUUUGUGCAACCUUAAAGAGUCUCCCCUUGCUAUACCGAAACCUAACUUCUUGUGUGUGAACAAGUUGGGAAGUGUGUAGUGUAUAGUUAUGCAUCUUGAUCAAAGCAAGUGCCCAAGUGCUUUCGAGACAAAUGGAUGCAUGGAUUCUAUAACUUGACAUAAUGCAGGAUCACCUUUUAGAAAUAGAUCUUGUUAGGGGCUAUAAUAUUGGACUUCAACUGGUUGUUUGUUUUACUCUGGGUGUAUAAGAUAUCGAGUAUGGGGCAUGUUUCACUUAAUUCCCAAGCUGCCACCAUGGUGUGAAAGGUUGAAAGAUGUAUUCCUUUUCCAUUUCACAUUUCUAGUAUUGCUAUGAACAAUGGGUAGAAAUGGGAGAUACUGCACUCUUUCUUUUUGCUUUA